CCCUCCUUCAUCCCACAUUUGCAGAGUUUCGCCAGAAUGUCCAAGAGCUUCAACCAACCGAGGCGGACAAUGCACUUGCACGGGAACUCCGUGAGACCAUGCCCAAAGUAUGGGAAAAUGAGACACUUCAAUGCGAAAACUUUGUAGGGCUCAUUGUAAAGCACUACGGCAUCCGACUGUUCCGUGCUGCAAUUGGCGCGACGAACCGCAUAAGCGAUGGACAUGCUAUGCAUCCGAAGCACCCAUAUAUUCUAGCAAUAUGUGAGGGAAAGACUUGGAGUGGCAACGGGGAUCCCGAGGUACAGGCCAAAGCCUAUGUUCUCGAGGCUUUGCGGCCCAAACUCCGGGGCCACGACGAUCCACUUGAUCUCCUCCCCUGCAUCAUCAUCUAUUUUGUUGUCGUCACUGAUCGUCUACAACUCGAGCCACUGACCGACAUUUUCGCUUUGCAUAUCAAUAGCCACUAUAGGAGCAGUCAGAUAGCUCGUGCCUUUGGGGCGUUUAGGAUCGCGUAUAACCAACUUUAUAAACAUUAUGAGGACAUGCCAGCCGUCGAUCGAUUGAGCGACUUUCAAAAGUCUCAACAAGCCACUAGACUGACAUUUCCCUAUCCGGAUAGCUACACAGUCGAAGGAGAGAAAGUCAAAUUCACUUAUGAUUCUCGCUUCGACGACAAAAAGCUGAUAUUCCAUGGUACGACCACCGAAGGAAUAAAAGUUUUUAUCAAGUUCACUACACAAUAUUCUCUCGAUGCACAUCAGUUUUGCGCCAGCGUUAACGUCGCUCCUAUUCUUUAUGGGUUUGAGACACUUCCGGGAGGGUGGUUCAUGGUCGUUAUGGAAUAUUUGGACCCAGAAAACUAUCGCACCUUGGAACCUGACUUGGAUAAUAAACCCCAUGUGGAAAAUGAAAUUCGUCAAAUAGUCACAGCCCUGCAUGGACGCGGAUUUGUGCACGGAGAUAUUCGUGGCGUUAAUAUGAUGACUCGCCAUCGGUGGGAAUCAACGAGUGGAACGAAAAAUAUCGUUUUACUCGAUUUCGACUGGGCCGGUCGGGAGGGUAUUGUCACUUAUCCGGAGGGCGUCAAUGGGACAUCUAUUCUACGGCAUGGAGAAGUAAAAGAUGGGAAACAUAUCAGAAAAGAGCAUGAUUGGUUCAUGAGAUAUAUGAGAUGGAAAGAGGUUAAUCAACAUAGUAAUCCUUCACUCAUGCACAAGGUCGACGUGGAACGUACCCUGAAGCUUGACCUCUUCAGUUCGGACAAGAUUGUCGCAAGAAAGAUCUAUAUCAGAGUGAAUAAUACCAUAUGGCUAGCUUUUCAGUCUCCCAAGAGACUUCAUUUCUACCAGCCACUGACGAGGGACCAACCAACAGGUUCUCGAGUCUGCGCCAAUUUCCUCCAUUUAAACCAAUAA